AUGAACUCCAUGAAAAUAAACUAUUAUGAAUUUUUAUCAAUGUCUAGAAACGUUGAGGAAAUGACUGGGAUAGGUUCAGAAUCCUUUUCGGGUAUUUUUCUUAAUCCUAAAAGAAUAAAUACAGACCUAUCAAAAGAAAUAUUAGAUUUGUUAGUUGAAUAUUAUUGCAAUGCCUAUAACAAAGAUUUUGUAGCAUUAUUAAAUAUUCAUAUUACCAAUCUAGAAGCUAUACUGGUACUUUCAAAG